AUGGUUCGAAGACUCAAAUCGAAAGAAGACACCUCGGCCAAAAACGCCGUCAACAUAGACGUGUCGAAGAUUGUGAAAGGUGUGAUCGACGAUAUCAAAGCAAAUGGUGACGCCGCAGUACGGCAAUAUUCUCAGCAAUUCGAUCAAUGGUCGCCGCCUAGCUUUAAAUUGUCCAAACAGCAAAUUGACGAGAUCAUUGCAUCUGUUGACCCGCAGACUGUAGCUGAUAUUAAGGAGGUACAGCAGAAUGUUCGGAGAUUUGCACAGGCGCAGAAGGACUCUCUUCGUGAGUUUGAGCUUGAGAUUCAGCCGGGAGUGUUUCUAGGCCAGAAGAACAAUCCAAUCGCGAAGGUCGGAUGCUAUAUACCUGGAGGCAGAUAUCCGUUACUUGCCAGCGCACACAUGACCAUCCUAACAGCGAAGGUUGCUGGUGUGCCACAUGUCAUUGGUUGUACUCCACCCUCAGCAGGAGAGAUGCCAGCAGCGACCAUCGCAGCCAUGCACCUCGCAGGCGCCGACGAGAUUCACAUUUUGGGUGGUGUGCAAGCCAUAGCGGCCAUGGCCAUCGGAACGGAAACCAUACCUCGAGUCGAUUUCCUUGCUGGGCCCGGCAAUGCUUUCGUAGCCGAAGCCAAACGUCAGAUGUUCGGCCAGUGUGGCAUCGACCUCUUCGCAGGACCCACUGAAGUCCUGAUUGUGGCGGAUGAGCACGCUGAUCCGUACAUGUGUGCUGUCGAUUUGCUUUCACAAUGCGAGCAUGGACCUGAUACACCAGCUCAACUAAUCACAAAUUCUGAGAAGGUCGGCCAGGAGACGCUAAGGUGUAUUGACGAACUACUCAAGGUAUUGCCAACUGCACCUGUCGCAUCAGUAUCUUGGAAGGCAUUUGGUGAGGUCAUCAUUGGCGAUUCGAUGGAUGAAGUGUAUCAGAUCGCGGACGACUAUGCUUCUGAGCACGUACAGAUCUUGACUGAAACUCCAAGAGAUGCAUUGACGAAGAUGACAAAUUAUGGCGCAAUCUUCCUGGGCAAGAACACAUGUGUUUCUUAUGGUGACAAGUGCAUCGGAACCAACCACGUCCUCCCCACCCGUUCCGCCUCCCGCUACACCGGCGGUCUCUGGGUCGGAAAAUUCCUCCGCACCCAAACCUACCAAGAAGUGCGCAACGACGAAGCCAGUGGCCAACUUGGCAGGCUGUGCGGACGUGCUGCGAGGGCAGAGAAGUUCGAGGGACAUGCGAGGAGUGGUGAUUUGAGGGCGGCGAGGUUGUUGGGGGAUCAAGUGGAGUGGAUUGAGGGAACUAGGAAGGCGUUGGGGUUGGGGAGUGUACAGACUGGCAAGGCAAAGUUGUGA